UGAGAUGGAUCACAGCUUCCCAGCUUGCCAUUAAUUCAUCAACAAAGUACAAUUAAUCCAAAAUAAUCCUUAGGUUUUGCUGAUAAGCCGGGAGAAGUCAGCGGCUGUGAAAAUGGGUCAGUCUGAGUAUCUGUUCACAGCAGUGAGUUCUGGAUCUUAUUUAUAGCACAUAGUUAUUGAUGUUGCUCCAUUGUUGGUGGUGGACAUGUUAUGCAAUAGCCCUGCCCCAUCGGUUCGCUCCAGUUCUUCCCGUGCUAUGUUUAACUUUCAGGUAAACAUUAUGUCUUUAAAACAGGUAGGAGAUUCAUAUUUCUUCCGUUUGUGUUUGUUUGUUUUCUUGAAGACUAUUUCCAUCCUUUUUAUUGAUUUGUACGUCAAAAUCGAAUACAAACGAACAACUAUGUGGCUCAGUAUGGAUCGUGUUUUUUAUCUUCAACAAAUAAAGAGGCACGCUUCGUCCAGGGAACGGAGACGCAUGAGUGUGUUCCUCAUCAGACGGCCGUCUGCUGUGGGGAAUACAGCGUGUUCCCUGCAGCCUACGGUCACAUGCUGUGGGCAUGCAUCCCCUCGAUUGAAAAACAAGAUGGCAUUCUGAUUCUGCAGGACUUCAGAGGCUGAAAGAUGCUGUGAGUGCAGUGCCUCCCUGUCCCACUGGUACUAUGAGAAGGACGGGCGGCUCUUCUGCAAGAAGGACUACUGGGCCAAGUUUGGAGAGCUGUGCCACGGCUGCAAUGACCCCAUCACCACCGGACUCAUUAUGGUCGCAGGAGAACAGAAGUACCAUCCGGAAUGCUUCACCUGUCUGAACUGCAAGGCCUUCAUCGGCGAUGGGGACACGUACGCUCUGGUGGAGCGCUCCAAGCUCUACUGCGGCCCUUGUUACUACCAGAGUAUCGUGACUCCGGUGUCUUUGCCGGCGUCUCCGUGCUCGCGGCUCCCUCACACGGUCACCUUGGUGUCCAUCCCCGCCUCCACCCAGGGGACCAAUGGCCACAGGGGGCGGGGCUUCUCUGUGGCCAUCGACCGGCCAAUCAGCCCCACGUACAGCCCCGAGCACGGGCCCACUGUCCGCGUCUCCCAAGUGGAUGCUGACUGCAUCAGCCCGGAUGUGAAGAACUCCAUCCAUGUGGGCGAUAAAAUACUGGAGAUCAACGGGACGCCGAUCCACAAUGUUCCUCUGGAUGAGAUCGACCUGCUGAUCCAGGAGACCAGUCGCCUGCUGCAGCUCACCCUGGAGCGGGACCCCCACAGCCCCGGCCAGGGCCCAUGCUCUCCCCCCGACGAGGACUGGGCCCCGGGGCCCGGGCCCAUGCUGCCCGUCACCGAGGCCCCCCGCCCGGACGUCAGCCAGCUGCGGUCCCGCGUCAUCACGCGGAGCCUAAGCACCGACAAGUCCCCGGGCCCCAGCCAGAACGACUCCCCCUCCCCCCAGAGGAAGGACUUCAACCGGUCUGAGUCGCUGCGCCUGGUCUCCAGCCGCAUGCACCGCAUCUUCCGCCCCUCCGACCUCAUCCACGGGGAGGUGCUGGGGAAGGGCUGCUUCGGGCAGGCCAUCAAGGUGACCCACAGAGAGACGGGGGAGGUGAUGGUGAUGAAAGAAUUGAUCCGCUUUGACGACGAGACUCAAAGGACAUUCCUGAAGGAGGUGAAGGUGAUGCGCUGUCUGGAGCACCCAAACGUGCUCAAGUUCAUCGGUGUGCUCUAUAAGGACAAGAGACUCAACUUCAUCGCUGAGUACAUCAAGGGAGGCACGCUGAGAGAGCUCAUCAUGGAGAUGGACAGUACCUUCCCGUGGAACAAGCGGGUCAGCUUUGCCAAGGACAUAGCGGCUGGCAUGUCAUAUCUGCAUUCCAUGAACAUAAUCCACCGAGACCUCAACUCACACAAUUGUCUCGUGCGAGAGGACAACACGGUGGUGGUGGCCGACUUUGGCCUGGCCAGGCUCAUGGUGGAGGAUAAGCACCAGGACAAGCUGCUGCAGGCCGGCCUGAAGAAGCAGGACCGCAGGAAGAGGUACACCGUGGUGGGCAACCCCUACUGGAUGGCCCCUGAGAUGAUCCACGGGAAAAGCUACGACGAGAGAGUGGACAUAUUCUCAUUUGGCAUCAUGCUCUGCGAGAUCAUUGGGAGGGUGAACGCAGACCCAGACUUCCUGCCCAGAGCGGGGGACUUUGGUCUAAAUGUUUCUGGCUUCCUGGAGCACUUCUGCCCCCGGAACUGUCCUCCUGCCUUCUUCCCCCUGGCCGCCAUUUGCUGUGACCUCGACGCAGAUAAACGGCCGGCUUUCCCCAAGCUGGAGGAGUGGUUGGAGAACCUGAAGAUGCACCUGGACAUGGGCCUGCCUAUGGUCUCCGAGCUGGAGCAGCUACACAAGGCCUUCUGGGACAAGCACAGCGUCACGCACUCAGAGAACGGCCUGCCCACCCACCCAGAGCAGCCUGAGGAGGCCCAGGGGGAGGUCGAGGGAACAUAGGAGGCGGGAGGUGGUUUGGUCCACAGCUGCACACGUCCUCGGGUCGAGGGAGAUGUGAUGGAUGCGUACAGAAGGAGGUAUAUUGUAAAUAUCCUGCCAUGUCCAGACGGCCACAGGUGGCCUACGAGAUCUGGUCUCAGACCAAGACGAAUAGACUCAGGGGGAAUUUAGGAACUGAAAAGCCACCUACGCAAGUAGCGCCCACAUCCAUGGUCAACUCCAGAGACAUAAUUUCAUGGCAUCCAUUGAUGACUCGUUCACAGGGGGAACGGCAACAGGAUCAUAUGCAGUCGGACCCCAUGGUUGGAAAACUGUGUGUGUAUAAGAUAAGUGUGUCAGGUUCAAUGUCAGUGUAUGUACAUCGUAUUUUAUUCUAAAUAACUUGAUUCUGAAAAGCUAUUUGUUCCGGAAAGAUAAACAUUUUGAAAAACUUCUACAGGAUGAACCUUAGUUGGGGCCCCAGUAGAUUGUAAGUUGUCCAGGGAUCACAGGAGUAUAGACAAUGAAUCAUAGAAAGGAGGUAGAAUUCAUUCACAUUAGAAAGAUCGACCAUACACAUUUCCCGAAUAGGAUACAGUCAAGCCCUUUAAUGCUUUAAAAAUGCUUCUAAAAGCUUCUAAAAAUAAGGACAAUGGUAAAUGAUACCAAUCCUUUCUCUAUUCCUGACUUUUGGAAUAGGGUUACAUGGUUAGUUCCAGUAGACUGCCAUAUUAGGCCUGAAUGUAUGUCCUCACAGUCCCCUGUGCUAAAGUUGAGUAGCACUGACUUAAAUUCAAGGUAACUCCUUUCCCUGAACCCGGUACAAUGCAAUGGAAGCUGGCGACUUAUCUCUCAUGUUGCGGUGAAAUCUUGUUUCCAAAUCUCAUACCAGUCCUGUAAAUAUAGAGUGGCAUUGUAAAUGUUUUUAAAUAAUCUAAAUGUACAGACAUAUUUUAUAUACGUAUGCUGCAUUGCCAUAUUUUUAUUCGGCGACCAGCUAGAAUUAUGGAGAUAAAAAAAACAUGUUUUAAUUGAAAAGAAGACAAGUUUGUUGGUUUUCUUGGUCACAGUGGUGACAGCAGGAUCUCAUGAUACAGUGGAAACUAAAGCGCGUCACAUUUCGUCAAAACCUUCAAAAUCAUAAAAAAUGUAUAUCGUCUUACCAUUGUUAAGUUAUGAUCGACUUCCCACUCCUUCUCUGAACAAGAGAGUUAAUUAGAACGACAAAGUAAACUGGUCAACAAUGUCCUCCAAGUACAAUCAAACUUAAUAAUGCUCUGGUCAUGAUUCUGAGGUCAUGAUUGUACAGAAGGUUAAUUUAAACAUUGUGUCUGCGGUCUGUUUAAAUGUGUUUGUCUCCCCUCUUGUGAUGCUCACCCUUGGACGGUCCACUUAUCCAAUAAUGGCUGGCUGUAAAUCUCCAAAUGCCUACAUGUAAACCCCCCCCCUUUUAUACGCCGGGGUGCGUCGCUUAUAUCCGCUCCGCCGCACUCCUCCAAUAUGAAUCUGUUCCACUGUCACGUCUUACUCUCACCUUAACAUGCUGCAUUUCAUGCAUCUCAUCACAUCUUUGGAAUCCUGCUACGUUUGUAUGUGCUGCAUGGUGUACUUGCUUGAGAAGCUCCCUUCUGCUACUAAACCAAGCAACUUUGAAAAAGAAAAUGAAGAAUGAAAAUGAAAGAAUGAAAAAGUUAGGACGAAAAUGAAAAAAAGACAACAAAACAAAACAUGCUUAAACACAGCUUCUGUUUUUAUAAAGCGCGACCGAAGUCAUUGUACAGAUUUACUACUUACAAGUUCUUUGUUUUGCACUAUUACCCGAUGGCUGGUUGUAGCCAUGUUUUUUUAUUUCUCUCUCUUGGGCUAAUUGUGAUAAAGAUUGGCAAAGACGGUUCAGGUUAGGUUAACGAAUGCAAAUGUAACAAAUCCACUGACGGAGCCUUUACAACUGUGGAAUUGGUUUCUGGGGAAACACUUUCUUCUAAACAAAACAAAAUGAUGAUCCGAUACUAUGUCCAAUGUCUGCUUUUGAAUCUAUUGAUUAAGACGUAGCAUUGAUUGUCAAUGCAAUGCUACCAUAUAGUUUAAUACUAAUUUCAACUCAUGGUGAUUGCACCACGAGUAAACAGUAAUCGUAUUUUGUAAAAGAAAAAAAUGAAAUUGCCUUACCUCUAUGGAAACCAAAUCCAAUCUGUUCUCUAAGUUAUCCUCACACACAAUGAAGUCAGAUUCCCGGCUGAUCUUUGCUAUCAAAGAAGAUGGUUGAUCCCAGUGUUGCCUGCUGCCUACAGUCCUAUUGUGAAUACUAUCCUGUGUGUUAAUACCUUCUCUCGAUGUGAUGUCCAACAGGGCUUUAACCACUACCACUAGCACCCGAUAGACAGUCACCUACACGGGCACCCAUCGCCUCUCAGCUUUGACCCCUUGCUCUCUGUUCUCUUAGCUCAUGGCUGUAUUCUCUGGAGCUACUUCUUAACAUUUCAGUCAACAUAGCAUACAUCGCUUAUAACAAACUAACAACACGUAAACAACAACAACAAGAACAGUAUUGUACGAUCACAGUAUCGUUACAGACAGAAACAAGUUCAAGGUUAUAUAAAUCAAGACACCAAAAUAGAAGCCUAUUUUCGGGGCAAAUUGACCUGAUGUUUUUCUAGAUUGGGUAUGUUAAUGAGGGGCUGUGUUAGUGUGUGUGUCUCUGUUCUGAAGCCAUGCUCAGCGGCCUGCCCUACACCUGUUGCGCGUGUGUGUGUGUGUGGAUGUGUUGAUCAUGGGAAAUGUCACCGCAGCACUUAUUUGCAAAAGAUCGUUACCUCUGAACAAUGCUGUGCCUUUGUUUUAAGCUAGCCUUGCCAACGACUCUUAUAAACGUUUUCAUUUGAAAAAAAAUCACCCUUUGUAUCAUAAAGUGCAAACUUGAUUCAAACAGUUGAAUAUCCAUGCUGACGGCUGUGUUUUAAUGAGAUCUCUUCUUGUUUCUUAUCAUAUUUAUAUUUUCCAGAUGUACCAUUGUCAGUUUUGAUAUAUUUAGGAUUAUAAUCCAUUGAUGGUUUUAUUUAAUUUUUACACAAGCUGUGAAAACUCUGCACUUUAUUCCUGAACGUGAACAUUUUGACUGAGAUGAGGAGCCGAGUGAUCUUUGUCGCAGCCUAAAUAAACAUGUUGCUUCUGAAACUAUAACCACCUGUGUUCCUUUCUAUUUAGUGUGGAAGACAUGCUCUUUCAAUCUUAGAAAGCCAUUUGCAUGGGCUUUGAAGGAAUUACAUUAACGUUGGACACCAUCAGACUGACAUAUGCCACUUUUAUUUGGUGAAUAACUCAAAUAAAAAGGGUCUUUAAGAUGAUGGCUGUUAUGAUGAAAAUACCCUCAAAGUCAAUAAGAUAUAUAGAUAGCUUGGAAGGGUUUGCAUGUGGAUAUUUAUAAGUAGACACAAAGCAGAUACGGCAGCCAUCCAUAGCUUAAUACUAUGGCUAAAAGUAGGAUCAAGAACAGUGUCAAAUCAUAUGUAUCAUGGAUGAUAACCAGUGAUUUGAUGUAUGGUAUUUUCUUAUUGAGUGUAAUAAGCAUAUGAGUAGGGAUAUCAACAUCUGCUACUAAUAAGAUCUUUGAGAUUAAUCUAAUUCUCAACCAAAAACCUGUUAAACAACUGCAAAAAUCAGUGUUUCUCCACACACUUC